UAAACAUUUCGAGUACUCAGAAUUGCUCAGUUCUUGUUCUUUUACUUGCGUUGACUCGUCGCCAUUUCGAUUUCACGAUUUGUAUUACUAACCAAUUUUAAUUGCAUUUAAUAAAAUGGAAUCUAGUGGUACAUUCAGCUACGCUACCAAAGUGAAAGAAGAGUCCAUUGAUAUGAGUUAUAUCGAAAGUGAUAAUGGUAGAACGAAAUGCCAUACAUCUGAUACUGAAAAUGUCCAGUACCUCAGCUUCCUGCAAGAAAAUACCAUUCAUAUACGGAAAGAAUGCGAAGGAAUUUAUGAAUUUCCACCUAAUCGUGAUAUUAAAAUAGAAUUCGAGUGCAAAGAUGUGAAACUCAAUGGGAAUAUAUUAGUAUCUGAUAAAGUGAAUGAAGGAAUUUUUAGAUUUGAUGCUAACAAAGAAAUUAAAGCAGAAUUUGAGGACGAAGAUGUGAAUAAUUUCUUAAAUCAUUCCUCAAUUAAAAUAGAAACUGAGAGCAUAGUUAAGAAAGAGUUCCUCAGCGAUACCAUAAAAAGUACAGAUUUAAAUACUGGAGGCAAACUCAACGGACAGAAAAUGAAAAUGUGUUCUCUAGUAAAGAAAAGAAAACAAUCCAGUCAAUGCAAGUCGUAUUCAAAAAAAUUUUCUUUAAGACAAAGUCUGGAGACACAUAUUGAUAUGGUGCAUAAAUGUAUCUCUUACCCGUGUGACAUUUGUGAAAAGUCAUUUAAAAGCAAAAGUACUCUCAAAUUAAACAUUGAUUCAUUGCAUAAUGGUCUAAAACCACAUAUCUGCGAUACAUGCGGAAAGUCAUUUGCACAAAAAGGUGCUUUAAAAUUACACAUUGAUAUGGUGCAUAAUCGAAUAACUUACCCGUGUGAUAUGUGUGGAAAGUCAUUUACAAAUAAGGGUUAUCUGACAGUACAUACCGAUUCAUUGCAUAAUGAUCGCAAACCUCACAGCUGCAAUACAUGCGGAAAGUCAUUUUCAUUCAAGUGUGCUCUGAAAACUCAUAUUGAUAUGGUGCAUAAUCGUAUUGCUUACCCGUGUGACAUUUGUGAAAAGACAUUUAAAAGCAAAGCUUAUCUUAAGUCACAUAUUAAUUUAUUGCAUAAUCGUCAAAAAUCUUACAACUGCGAUAUAUGCGGUAAGUCGUUUGGAUUGAAGCUAAGUUUGACAGCUCACAUUGAUUCGAUACAUAAUCGUAUUGUUUACCCGUGUGACAUUUGUGAAAAGACAUUUAAAAGCAAAGCUUAUCUUAAGUCACAUAUUGAUUCAGUGCAUAAUGGUCGAAAACCUUACAACUGCGAUUUAUGCGGAAAGUCGUUUGGAAUUAAGCAAAGUUUGACAGCUCAUAUUGAUUCGAUACAUAAAUGUAUUGCUUACCCGUGUGAAAUCUGUGGAAAGACAUUUAAACAAAAGGUUUAUCUCAAAAACCAUAUUGAUUCAGUGCAUAAUGGUCGAAAACCUUACAACUGUGAUAUAUGUGGAAAGUCAUUUUCUCAAAAGUGUUCUCUGAAAAUCCACAUUGAUAUGGUGCAUAAUGGUAUUGCUUACCCAUGUGACAUUUGUGAAAAGUCAUUUAAAGGCAAAAGUUCUCUCAAAUUACACAUUGAUUCAUUGCAUAAUGGUCGAAAACCUCAUAGCUGCGGUGUAAGAAGAAGAUCAUAUACUCGAAAAACCGAUCUGAAAUGUCAUAUGGAUUCGAUGCGUAAUCAUAUUACUUAGCUAAGUGACAUUUGUGAAAAACCAUUCUUCAGAAAGGGGCAUUUCAAAAUCCACUUUGAUUCUGCACACGAGAUAAUAAACAUAGUGUGAUAGUUGCAAG